GCUGUUGUGGCCGGAGAGCUUCGGGGAAAAGUGGGUAGCGCCGCCUGACGGACCGCCCGACGAACCGGGGGAACGCUGUCAGGAAACUGCGGUGCCGAGAAAUAGGUCUGCAGGAUCGGAGGGAGCGCCGCCAACAGCUCUCCAUAUGCCAUCACACACUGUGUGUUCACAUCUUCACUUUCUGGAUGACACAAGUUGUUCUCAUUCAUUGGGCACAGCUUUGAUGCUUCAGUUUCAUUCAUUAUUUCCUCUCACACCUCCAGCAAUACACACAAAAACACUCCCAUAAUGGCAGAGCAGGGGCAAGAGGAGGCAGAGGGCAUGUAUGUGGAGCAUCAGUAUAUGUGUAGUGAGUGCCAUCAGCUUUUCCAACACCCUGAGGAUGUGCUGAUCACCAGCAGAUCCCACACAGGCCAGGAAGUGGAAGGUGAGGCAGGGGAGGCCCUUGCCACCUCAGACAUGGGGCAGAGUCAGCAGUAUCAAGAUCUGGAGUGUGGGAGCCUCCUGGGUGAACGCAGACGAGGCCUGCUGCAGCAUCAAGAGAUGCAUAUUAGAGAAGCUGGGAUGCAGGUGGAAGCAACAAGUUGAAGCGUUCUGAGGUUUCUGCACACGGAGGCAGUCAAUUCAGAGGAUCAGGGUCGGGACACUGUUAAGUACCAGUGUCUUGACUGCCUGGCUUUGUUUGAUUCGCCGGAGACCUGGCUGGAACACCGGCGGACCCACAACAGGAGCAGCACACACAGUAACUCAGAGACCACACAGGAGUAUGUGCUGCAGCCGGAUGGCUCCAUCCACUCCCCUAAACAACCACAGAACUACGUGCUGAGUGAACAGCAGGCUGGGGAGAUCUUGGCUCAUGGUACUAUGAUCAAACUUCAAACUCAACCACAAGGUGUACUUGCCCAGCAGCAGCAACAGAAGAAACACCAGUCUAGCUCUAAAUCUGCUGCAGCUUCCCACUCCUACCUGCUGCCCCCAGUGACUCCAGCUCCAGGUUCUGCCACAAUGCACCUGCAGAUUCUCACAGCUCAAGCUCUGGCGGACAGCUCCACCACUCCAAGUCAGCGUCGCUCCAAGUUGCCUUCUCUGUUGCCUAAUGUAGGCCGGAACUCUUCAGCAAAACUGGAGGUUUUAGAAAAUGGUGUGCAGAGAGUGGAGUUGAGGCUCGCCCCCAGUGUGGAUGAUGACAACCGUCAUCAACAGACCACAGAGUUGGUGGUCAUCCACCCUUAUGAGUGCUCCGAAUGCUCCCUUCUUUUUCAGACCCCUGAAGACUUCCUCCAGCACCAGGGAGAGCAUUUCCUGGGCCAGGACAAGGAGAGCGGAGAGCCGGGGGUCAUGAGUGGCAUUGAGGAGAUGCGAGGAAGGGAAGAAGCGACAGACAAGGUGGAGGACACGAGGAACAGAGUAGCAGAGAAGAAAGUAGUGACCUCGGUCAAACCACUACAGUGCGAGCUCUGCAACCGCGCCUUCACCUCAGUCAACCGGCUAACUGCUCACAAACGUGUGCACGAACAAGGCACGCACGAAUGCCCAGAGUGCGGCAAGGUGUUCAAGAAAGCCACGUCACUGCAGACGCACAUGCGCUCUCACUCAGGUGUGGCACGGUAUCUGUGUGUGGACUGUGGCAUUGGUUUCACCACUGAGAUGACUCUCAUCAUGCACAGGAAGUCACACAUGGCAGACCCCCUUCACAAAUGUCAGUUCUGCAACAGAACUUUCACCAACAUGACAAAGUACCUCUACCACCGUCGCACCCACCUCAAUCGUGAUGCAUACAGUACUACCCCUGUUUUUGUGGCUUCACCUCCUAAAAGAACAUCUGCCACAGCUCUUACAAUCCUUCAGCGAGCAAGAGAGAGGAACUCCCACAGCAAGGAUGCAAAAACAAACCUCAUGGCUCCUCUCACUGAGGAAGAGAUGGAGACACUAGAGAAUCCAAACCUAGGUUCUCCUAGCGAAGUGGAAACAGGUGAUCAUGAAAAAGAGAAGGAGGGAAGCAAAAUGGCAGCAUCGGACACAUCUGAAGGAAACACAGAUGACCUCAAAGACAUAACUAUGUCGGUUUCAAAUCCUUCUGUGGAUGACAGUGGUGCCGGAGUCAUGUCUAGCCUCGCUGGUUCAGCAGAGGUGGCUUCAACUUCAUCAUCAGAAAAAGGGCUUUUUUCUUGUCGUUCAUGCCCUAAAACAUUUCCCUCCCAGCUGCAGCUCAUGCAGCACUGGCGCAAGUCCCAUAUCAUAGAGCGAAGGUUUAUCUGUGGCAUCUGUGGGAAGUCUUUUAAGAAACAUGUCCAUGUGCGAAACCACAUCCGAACGCAUACCGGAGAGAAGCCUUUCCAGUGUUCAGACUGUGGGAAAACGUUUUCAUCGCUGGGCAAUCUGAUGAGACACACCCUCAUCCAUUCUGGCGUGCGCCCGUAUCGCUGCGAUGUGUGCCAUCGCUCCUUCUCUCAGUCGUCCAAUCUUCGUCAGCACAGCCUGCUGCACUCGAGUGCUGCAACGCUGACUUGCCCCGACUGCCCUGCCACUUUUCGUUGGGCCACGAAGUUGGCAGCACAUCGUUUUACCCAACAUCCAGGAGCACCAGCCCCUUUUCCCUGUCUUCACUGUGAGGAAGGCUUCCUAACCAGGAAGCAACGAGACAGCCACUGCCUGGAGCAGCACCCUGCACUUAUACAGGACAGUACGCGGAUAGAGGUGCCGAAAGAAGCCCAGAAUGUAGCAGUGGUGGGUAAAGAUUUGGUCUUGGAGCCCUCCACCUCAAAAGCAAUGGCAGAAUCAGGGAAUUUAACCAGUCUGGCUAAAGGAGCCCUGGAAUGCAAUGUUUGUGGGAAGAAGCUAAAUUCUCCUGCCAAUUUACGACUACAUAAGCUGAGCCACUUCGCUUUGGGCUUUGGGCGGCCACGGUGCACUCCAGGCAAGCGGCCUAAAGCUCACCAGUGUCCCAUCUGUGGGAAACUGUUCGUGUCGUCCUCUGGAGUUGCACUUCACCAGCGAGUCCACACUGGCGAGCGGCCAUUUCCCUGCCAGGUGUGUGGAAAGCGCUUCCGCCAGAACACGCACCUGCGAGAGCACCUGCGCACACACUCCGGUGAACGGCCGUUUCGUUGCGAAGUGUGCGGAAAGGGUUUCAUCCAGAGCAUGCACUUGGCCGAGCACCGUAGAACACACACAGGUGAAAGGCCGCAUGUGUGUCCCCUGUGUGGCAAAGCCUUCAAAACCUUCUCCAAUCUGCGGAACCAUAAAAAGACUCACGUGAGGCAGCAGAGGCUGGAUGAGGAGGCUGCUGCCCAGGCUGCUAUUGAGGCCAGUUCUGCUGUGGCAGUGGUUGAUGCUUCUGCAGUGGACCUUGCUAACAAGCAGCCUCAGCUCAUCCAAAUCCAGGCCUCAGAUCUACAGCAGGCACAGGGCACUCCCACCAUUAUGUGUAAUGAGUUUGGGGAGACCAUUGCCAUCAUUGAGACCAGCGAGGGAGGAGUGCUGCCUCUGGAGCAGGCACUGGAGAUCUACCACACGGCUUUGGAGAACGGCCUCACCAUGGAGACAGUUGCUGUGGACAGAGUGCAGCUGCUCUAAGGAUGAGUUAAAGCCAUAUAAGAACUAAGUGAAUCAAUACUAGUCUUAGUACUGGCUGAAACAAGACUGACUACUGUGAGGUUUAACAUUGAGCUGAGUAAGGAUCUAUUGGAAUCAUGUAUUUAUGUAUUGGAAAGUUUAUUUAGCAAGAAGACCAAAGUAUGUCAGGUACCCUCAUAAACAAAGCUACGAGGGGUCAGUGUAUAUGAAAAUUCUGCAUUGUGAAAAUUAUAUGGUGUUAAAUAUGAAUGACCAUUGUUUGUGCCUCAGAUGACAUUUGUAUGAUUAUUUUUAAAUCACUUUUUAUGACAUGGAUGUAAUUUUUUUUUCUUGUUUAAAAGUUGGGUCAUCCUCUUGUAAAUGGGCAAAAAAAUAAAUGUUUUUCCACCAUUGGCAUGUGACUUACAGUAAAACAGAUUUACUUUAUGCUUAA